AUGAUUAUUUACCUAGAUCUAGUCUAAUAUUACCAAGUUAAAUAUAAUACAGGAUUUGUAUUUUAAAAAGCUAAGUUUAUUAACAAAAUUUAAGAUGGAUUUAAAAAGAAAAACUAAAGAAGAAAUUCAGCUUUUAGCCCUAAUAAUCUGCUUUUGACAAGUGCAAUAACUCACUUAGGUUAAGAGCUUCCAGUAGUUCACGAAAAUAAGUAUGAAGAGAGUGAUAUUGAAGACUUAUAGGAAUUAACAAUGAGAGAAAGAAUAAAGGAAAAUGAUAAUAUUGAUGUAAAAUUUUAGAUACAUCACCCAAUAGCUUCAAAAUUCAGAAAAUAAACCAAAAAGAUCAAGAAGAAAGCUCCUUAGCAAAGAAUUGCAAGUUAAAUAAUUAAUAAGCAGCUUUUAAAUUUUGCAUAGACUGAUUUUUAAUAUAACUAAUGGCAGCCAACUUCUCCUUACUAACACAAAUUGAACAUCUUUUCUCCAGUUAAUGAUAAUGUUAAAGAUAGACUUCUUGUAGCAUAAGAAGAGAACAUCAAAGAUGCAUUUAAUGAGAUUAAAGUUUCAGAGAGCAACUAAUCUGAACAUAAUUCCUAAAUGAAUUUCAUAAAUGAUGAGUAAGACUCAGCAGCUUAUACUUUUGAGUAAAAGGGUAAAAAGAAAAGGCAAAAGCAUAAGAAGCCUAAGGAUAAAAAGAGCUCUUCUGAUCUUGUAACAAAUUAAAUCAAAGAACUAUCAUCGAAUAGAUAUAAUAAUGCAAGCGAAAUGAGAAGUAAAUUCAGUCAAAAACAAGGAUUUACAAUAGAAAUUGAGUAAAUAGACAAAUUAUCAGAUAAUCAAUCUUAAGCACCUUAGUAGAAAAUUCAAUUCUAACUGCCUAAUACUGGAAGGAUCAAGAGAGAACCAAAAACAAGAUUAUCAGAGGUCAUACUAAACUCUUAUAGAAAUGGACUGAAUAUGUCCCAAUUAUCAGAAAUUAUCUAUGAUAGUUAAGAUCCAACCCUAUCUAAGAGAACGUCUUAAAAUGAAUAAGAAACAAGUAUUACAAAUCAGAUAUCAGAUUAUAAUAAAUAGGUAGGAAAUAGCAGUGAGAGAAUUCAGAAUACUUCUUAAAAUAAUUUCAGUAAUGGCAUUAGUAGAGACUAAGAUACAUAAUCCCUGUUUGAACAAUUUUAAAGCAGGAAAAAUUCUAAAAUGCGUAAAAAGAGUUAAUUUCACACUGAAAAUGAGGAGGAGUUAUAUUAUCCGAAUUCAUAAAGACUUAAAAAUUAGCGAGGAAAAUUUACAAGCUUUAAUUAAAAAGAAUAAAAAUCCGACUAACUGUGA